GGAUCUAUUCCUAGCUGACAGUGGCUACACUAUUAAUUCUCUAUUAUAUUGGUGCCAAAGUGAUUUAGGCCAGAUAUUAGGGAUCAACCUGUUAUUUUACUCAAACAAUUCAGCCCUUUAGGCACUCGCGGGCUCGCCCACUGACAAUAUUCCCUUCUCAUUCCCCUGGUUUCCCGAUGGCAACCGCCGCACUGCAAGAUAGCAGAAAGCAACCUCGCCCGGGUCGGGGUGGGUUCCAGGCCCACGGACUAACAGAAGAGGAAGCUCGAGUUAGGGCGAUCGCCGAAAUAGUUAACACCAUGGUUGAUCUCUCUCGGAAAAACCAAACUGUAGACCUAAACGCAAUAAAAUCUGCCGCGUGCCGCAAGUACGGUCUCGCACGUGCCCCGAAGUUAGUCGAAAUGAUUGCAGCGCUGCCGGAGACUGAACGCGAUACGCUUUUGCCCAAGCUGCGAGCCAAGCCGGUCAGAACGGCUUCCGGAAUCGCCGUGGUAGCCGUCAUGUCGAAACCGCAUCGAUGUCCGCAUAUUGCAACGACCGGAAAUAUUUGUGUUUAUUGUCCAGGUGGACCGGACUCGGAUUUUGAGUAUAGUACACAAAGUUAUACUGGAUAUGAGCCCACUAGCAUGCGCGCAAUUAGGGCCAGAUACAACCCAUAUGUCCAGGCAAGAAGCAGGAUUGACCAGUUGAAGCGGCUGGGUCAUAGUGUAGAUAAGGUUGAGUUCAUCUUAAUGGGUGGUACGUUCAUGUCACUACCUGCAGAUUAUCGUGAUUACUUUAUAAGAAAUCUUCAUGAUGCCUUAUCAGGACACACCUCUGCCAAUGUUGAGGAGGCUGUCACCUUCUCUGAGCAUAGUGCAACAAAGUGUAUUGGCAUGACAAUUGAAACGAGACCAGAUUAUUGCCUUGGACCUCAUUUGCGCCAAAUGCUUUCUUAUGGUUGUACACGACUAGAAAUAGGAGUGCAAAGCACAUAUGAGGAUGUUGCCCGUGACACAAAUAGAGGACACACAGUAGCUGCUGUGGCUGAUUGUUUUUCCUUGGCUAAGGAUGCUGGUUUCAAGGUUGUUGCUCAUAUGAUGCCUGAUCUUCCUAACGUUGGAGUUGAAAGGGACAUGGAAAGUUUUAAAGAAUUCUUUGAAAGCCCAUCAUUUAGAGCAGAUGGUCUUAAAAUAUAUCCUACACUUGUUAUUCGUGGAACUGGACUUUAUGAGCUCUGGAAGACUGGUAGAUACAGAAACUACCCGCCUGAGCAACUUGUGGACAUUGUAGCAAGGAUUUUAGCCAUGGUACCCCCUUGGACACGUGUGUAUAGAGUUCAACGGGAUAUUCCCAUGCCCUUGGUUACUUCUGGGGUUGAGAAAGGGAACCUUCGUGAGCUAGCCUUAGCUCGAAUGGAUGACUUGGGCUUAAAAUGCCGUGAUGUUCGAACACGUGAAGCCGGAAUCCAGGAUAUUCACCACAAAAUCAAACCAGAUGAAGUAGAGCUUGUCCGUCGUGAUUAUAUGGCUAAUGAAGGUUGGGAAACAUUUCUUUCAUAUGAGGACACACGUCAGGAUAUUCUUGUUGGAUUGCUGCGCUUGCGGAAGUGUGGUCGGAAUGUUACCUGCCCAGAGCUCAUGGGGAAGUGUUCAAUUGUUCGCGAACUCCAUGUGUAUGGAACUGCUGUUCCCGUGCAUGGACGGGAUGCUGACAAGCUGCAACACCAGGGUUACGGUACUCUCUUGAUGGAAGAGGCAGAGCGGAUUGCAAGCCAGGAGCAUAGAUCAACAAAAAUAGGUGUUAUUUCUGGUGUAGGAACCCGGCAUUAUUAUUGGAAGUUGGGUUACGAGCUAGAAGGCCCUUACAUGGUAAAAUAUCUUGUGUGACUGGGCAAAUAUAAAAUAUUUAAUUUUGUAUCUAUGUUGUGGGAAGAUAUAUAAUUUUGUUUUAUUAGACUAUUAGUCAUUGAGAAGGAUAAUUAGAGCUAGCUCUCCCUUUGUUGUUUAGCUUGAAGAAAUCUUUUAGAGCAGAGUUGGUUUUGCUUUCCACAUUUGGAGUUUGUUUUUUUUGAUAAUGGGGAUCAUGUAUGAUUUAUAGGGUGUAUCCAUUUUUGCUUUUUAUA